CGCUGUUAUUUUCCGGGUGCUGUAAUAAUCACGAGAUCGCACAUAAGCUGCGUUUGUGGCGGAUAAAGAGAAGAGUGGAGUAUUUGGAGAAGGGGUUUCUGUAAAAUUCAGACCACAAACAACACCGAAGGCUUCACCAAUGAUCUAAAAAAGAAUACACACAGCAGAGUGCUCACUUUCUGGUAUUGUUUCCUGCCUGGUGCCCAAGAUGGCAAGCGCUGCUUCAGCCUCUACAGAGAGCUCAAGUUCAGGGGGAGCUACUGGCACUGCUGGAGAAGGCAGCAACCAGGACAGCACGUUCGAAUGCAACAUCUGUCUGGACACUGCCAAGGAUGCUGUCAUUAGUCUGUGUGGACACCUAUUUUGCUGGCCCUGUUUACAUCAGUGGUUGGAGACGAGACCAAACCACCAGGUUUGCCCAGUUUGCAAAGCAGGAAUCAGUCGAGAGAAAGUUAUCCCGUUAUAUGGCCGGGGGAGUACAGGGCAGCAGGACCCAAGGGAGAGAACACCACCUAGACCUCAGGGACAGAGACCUGAACCAGAAAACCGAGGGGGGUUUCAAGGGUUUGGUUUUGGAGAUGGGGGAUUUCAGAUGUCCUUUGGGAUUGGAGCCUUUCCGUUUGGUAUUUUCGCCACAGCAUUUAACAUUAAUGAUGGCAGACCACCCCCAGCUGUCCCUGGAACCCCACAGUUCAUGGAUGAGCAGUUCCUCUCCCGUCUCUUUCUGUUUGUCGCCCUGCUGAUCAUGUUUUGGCUUCUUAUUGCAUAAGGACUGGUUGCAAACUGCAAAAAGGGACUCCCAAUGAAGACAACUAAAAUUAUAUAUAUAUAUAUAUAUUUUUUUUUUAAAUCUUCAUUAAUAAGAAUAAUUAAUCUAUUUCUGGAAUGGGUGGGAAGAAAUGAAAAAAGAAGUAAGAAGAAAAGAUUUUGGAUAAUAAAAUUAUUUCUUCAUCCAGUUUAAAGAAGUUUCAUUUGAAUGGGGAUACUUUACCUAUAAACAAAAUUAUUUUAAAUACUGUGGCUUUUGAACAAUUAAACAUGGGCAAGAUUGUUUUUAUAGCUGACUAUUUGUUCUUGGGGUACUGCGAUUUGGUAUUUUAAAAUCUCAAGAAGGGUUUGUUCUUUCAGCCAACCUAGUUUAAUAAAUCCAUUGAUUCAUUGUUACCACUGGGCUAUUGUUAAACUUUUCCAGGUGUCAUGUAGACGCUCCCUGACUAAGUAUUAUAUAGAUUUAUAUGGAAAUCGCAGUGGCGUUUUUUUGAAAAAUAUUGUUUUUAUUACAUCACUUGCUUUUUAAGAAGACUUAAGUGUUAGUAAGAACUGUGCUUGGAGCAUAUGCUUGCAGUGACAAUUCAAGUGUAACAUGGUAAAUUAUUGAUUUUUAGAAAUCCUUAAAAAAAAGUACUUGCAGCUUUCUUUAUUUUUGUGUCAACACUUUUAAUUAAACGUAAUUAACGACCGUCUACACCACUACUUGAAAUUCUGUAAACAUUCACAAAGAAAGUCAGGAAACCUCUCCUGUUAGCAGUAUCUGAAUGUUAAAACACGGGCAGGGCACUGGGGUACAGUAAGGUUAUAGAAAUCAGCAUGUUGUAACGCUAUAGUUUAAAUCCAAUCAAACAAUGUCACCAGAAAUGUAUUAAAAACAAACUGCUUACUAGAUGGAUUUUCACAUGGUUUUUAUCUAUGAGUUUUAUGUUUUUAAUAAAACAUGCAUUCUUCAAGUUAAAAGUGCAGCAUCUAACUUUUAAAAAAUAUUUGAGGUGAUUGUUACUACUUAGAUCAGUAAAAAUAAUGGUUAAUCUGCCUUCUGUAGUAUUUUGCUAGUUGAGUUAUGUAGUGGACUCCUAUUCAUAGUCAUCCAUUGCUGUAGGUGGUGGUAAUGCAGCUUGGUUUUCUGCAGCUGUAACUUCCAUGGGAGAAUGUAAAGUUUAAACAAAGUGCACUGUUUGCAGCUCCACUAAUGUUAUAAUGUACUCGCAGACACCUAAGAGUUUGGUAUGAAAUUGAACAUGUUUAUGGGGCUUUAACUUGUCUGAACUAUGUAGAAUUUUACUAGCAUACUAAUUGUGAAACUAAAGAGUUUUGCAGAAGCUUAAUGCAGUGUCUUGUUUUAUUUCCAGCUGGUCGUAAUCUAUUGUAGAUAAAAACAUAUUUUGCUUGUUAAGUAGCUUUGUCAUUGUUUUCAGUAUACUACAGUGUGUUGCUUUAUUUUAAGAACCGUUUUCAUGUUUCUCAAGGUUGCUAUUUUGUAAUGACCAUUUCCGCGUUUUGAGUGGUGUUUGUGUAAAAACACAGAGGGAAGCCAACUGGAAACACUAGAUUGAAUAACUACAUGGGAAAACUAAACCUGUUUUCUUUCUAGUAGGAUCUAUGCAAAAUCCUCUUGAGUUUUUCUUUUUUUUUUUAACAUAACAUGACUUUUGGAGAGACUACCAGCAUCAAAGCUUGUGCACAACAAAAGACAAUUAUUUUACAA